AUGGCAUCAACUAGUGCAAAUGAUUCAUUGCGGCGUUCAAAACGGAACAAGUUCCAUCUGGAUGUGGCUGCUAUAAUGUCGCAACAUUCAGAUCGUCAUUUUAUUGCAAAUAAAGAUUACGUUUUUGAUGUUAAGAGAAGCGUUUCACCGCCAUCAGCAGCAUCAAGAAAGCGUAACAAUGUUGAAUCGCAAAAAGUGAAUGCAACAGGAAAAUCAACAGCGAUAAAGACGUUCAGUGCAGCGAUGGGAGGUAAACGUGAACGAAAAACACCAGCACGACAUAUUGACUUCAUUCCGGAUGAUCAUCUAGAACCUGAGUCCGAUGACGAAACCUUAUCAUCAGACAAGCUGAGAGAUGUAAAGCGUGACUACUAUUGCUCACAUUGUCCUGCUCAUUAUCAGACACGUACCGGUCUAGCCAACCAUUCCAAGCAGCACGGUUCAAUGAAAAAGUAUCAUUGCGAAGCAUGUGAUAUGAGUUGUGAUAGCUUGAAAACCUUACGAGUGCACACUCAGGUUCAUCUUGUUCGUGAACAGUGUCAGUCUUCAGCGAAUUCAUCGUCUGUGAAAAAUGAGACUGACGACGUUGAUGAACAGCUGUCUAACUGUACAUCAUCAAAAACACAGUUUGUAUGCAAGGAAUGCCCAUUCAGAACUCGUGAUACCGGUAGAUUGAAUGCACACACUGAGGGUCAUAAACGCGAUCGAGGAUUUCAAUGUCCGAUGUGCACCUACCGGUCAGUAUACUUUAUCGGAAUCGUCAUGCUCACUCCAGCAAUCUCAUCUUUCUUUGAUGAAAUUUGGGAGGAAAAUUUCAUUCAUUUAGAUAGAACCGUUCGAUUAAGUGAGUCGGCUGGUUUCUUGAGACGUCACUGUGAUUGUCAUGGAGUACGAGGAUAUCGUUGGCCUCCAAUGUAUGUAGGUCGAGGCAACACUAACAGCAGCAAGAAAAAUACGAUCCUUUUUGCUAGCUCAACCGAGGAUCUAGUUAAUGAAAGAAGGAGUGAAUCAUCAGCAUCAUUAUCAGAAAUGAAACGAAAUAAGGAGACGAGGAAAGAGUCAAGUGUUAAGUUGAGUGUGAGACGAACAAGUACAACACCACCACGGCUAUCGGAUGCUGUUUGGUCAUGUGACGCUGAACACUCAGCUGUUGCUAGUGCUGCUAAAGAUAGCUCUAUUGAUGAGGGUCCUUCUUCAACGAAAGCCUCACCAUCCUCUUUCUUACAAAACACCAAUUAUUACGGUGCGCGUUCAUCGUUUCAUUAUCCCAACAAAUCAUCCAUCCGUUAUCAACAAAACUCUGUCAAGGCAUGUGCAAAGAACGAUCCUCGAAAAUACAAAUGUUUCUGUUGUUCGGCUCGAUUUCUGUCAUACUAUGAACGCUCAGCACAUCGUUUCUCGUGUCGUAAAGCUCCAAGAAUCUCGAAACGUAUCUAUUCGUCUCUUCUAAAGGAACGCACCAAUACGAAUGAGAUACCGUCAAACAGCUCUGAAGCAUCGUUGAAGGAGCAACGUAUCCACAAUUGUGCAUAUUGUCCGUUCACAUGCACUCAGAAAUCACGCUUGAAACGUCACGAGAAUAAGCAUUUUGUCAAAGCUGAAAAUCAGCUUAAACACUCUGUUUAUGUACUUCACAUAAAUAUGCGUAAACUAAUCACAGUUCUUGUAAUUCAACAGUGCGCCGAUUGUACGUUUUCGUGUCGUUCUGUUGAAAUUCUCACACAACAUUCUCGUUUGCAUCAAACAAAUAAAAACGUUCAAAUGCCUGGUCGUCGAAAAGACUUUGCCCUCACCGAUGAGGCUCUUUCCAAUGGAUCAGUAUCGUUUCCUAUCGGGAAAGUGGGUAAAUGCAGUGAGUGUCCGUAUCGAUCUCGACAUCUUUGUGAUAUGAAAGCUCACGCAGCGAUGCACGUCGGCAUACGUGAGUUUGCAUGCAAUCGAUGUACUUAUAGCACCAAACGUGCGCACGUUCUUGAAGCUCAUCUACAGAUGCACGCCGAAGAAGAUGGACUUCCUCCGUCAUCACAAAAGAUCAACCUCAAUUUUCUUGUCAAAAAGUAUAUUCCAAUUCGUUGGCAUGGCAUUAUAAUUGGUAUGAAGAGUGGUGCAAAAUUAACACGUUUGUAUUCAUGCAAUUUUUGUCCAUAUCGUACUCGCUUCUGUGCUCCACUUUUCGCCCAUUUUAGGUUUAUAACUGCCUGCAUUCAUUUUAUUUUUUGUAUGAUUUUUUAUUGUGUUUAUAAGAUCGAAUUAAUUAAUAAUUCUAGAAAUCACAUGGGUAGUCGAUCAUUGCGUUGUUCGCGAUGUACUUUCAACACAUCGAUAAAAAGAAAAUUCACUGAGCACUUAUCGCUUCAUCCUUCGCCAAGAACUACUACCACUCCUUCAAAUGCAAAUUCGGAUACACUAUUCAUCUGCAGGUUCGAAUUGAUCUCUGGCUUUCGUGCAGGGGAAUGCCCGUACACGUGUGACUCGUAUGGUAAGUUAUGGCAUCACGGUCAGAAGCACAAAAAAACUGCUCGCUUCAUGUGUGAUCUAUGCUCAUUCAGCACAGGAACGUCGAGUUCUCUUAGUGAACAUCGUGCUCUUCAUAAACGCAAUACUUCUGCUCCGACUCUUGAACCAAAUAUGGAUGAUGUUAUUACCAUCAACGAAACAAACUCUGCUAAAAGCGGCUCUGAAACAGUCUGUAUGGAUGUACCUAAUGAGCACAUUCGUAACGUUCAGCCGUCGGGGAAUGAUGAAGAAGCAUGUACAGCAAUUGAAUCGAAUUCAAAUAACAACAACAGUUUGAUUUCGUCUUAUCCAAUGCUCGUCAAGAAACUUGCUGGUGGAAUUAUGAAGGAGUCUGAAAGUGAAAUGUCCUCCAUCACACAUGAUUCGUCGUCUAGAUAUUUGUUUAGUGAGGAGGAUGUGAAUGACUCAUUUAUAUCAAACGAAAUGAAAUUGUUGAUGCGCAUUCGGAAAUCUCACUCCGAUUUAUUGGGUCAGUCCAUUGCUGUGGUUUCAUCAGGAAAAUCCUAUCGAUGCAAUGAAUGUCCAUUUGUUUGUGAGGAUAAGAUAUUACUUGCAUUCCAUCUGGAUCGACAUAAAUCAAAAGGUGGCCCGUUGAAGUGUAAUUUAUGUUCUUAUAAGGCAUACACUCCAGAAGCACUAUGUAAUCAUAUCAAUUUACACAUCAAUACGUAUUCACAAAAUGCAUCGGUUGCUGCGUUUAGAAAACGUAAACUUCGUCACUCUUCACCAGAAGCGAUUUCUCAUGAAGGAAAGGUGAUGAAGUGUUCGAAAUGUCCCUUUCAGACAGCUAGCACUGAUCGCUAUACUGCGCAUUGUCUUGAGCAUGCGUUGCGAAUACAACGACGAUUGGAAACAUCGAUUAGACGUAACAAGAGCAAUAGUGGCGAUAACAGGAAACAGAAGAUACAUCGGAUGGCACGCAGAAUUGAUGGACAGCAUUUUUGUUGGAAAUGUUCAUUUCAUUGUGACUCUGAAUCGGCGUUGGGCACACACAUGGAACUGCACGGUCUGCACGCUCCGUUUGUUUGUUCGCUGUGUGACUAUGCGUCAUUCUCAAACAACGUGAUAAUAUUCCAUCAGAUGAAUCAUCAUGUUAAUGCACCGUUAACGAAUCUCUGCAAACCGAAUGCUCUUAACGACCAAAAGAAUAUACUCGAAAUGGCGUACACAGAAAAGACACAACUAAUGUUGCGAUGUAAUCGUUGUGGCUUAAUUGUGAACAAUUUCAACGAAUUUAUGACACAUUGCAAUUGUGUUCAUCAAGAUUUAUCAGCAACCAUGAAAGGUUCACCAACUACACAGACAAUCAUCGAGAACGCGAGUCGAAUAAAAAGUCUGAACGAAGAUAUUCAACUCAACAACGAUUUUUCGUCGUCCUUAUCAUCCCAAAACAAAUCUUAUUGCUCUUCCUAA